UUAGCUGUGACUGAAAUGAAUGAGGUUCCUCAGCCGAUCUCUUUAACUGUGGCUAAACUUGGAGAUAAUGUGACUCUGACAUGUCCACUGUCUGGAAGUGAUACGAAGUUGUCUUUCUGGUUUAAGCUGAAUUUUGGAUAUAUGUUUCAAACAGUUGCUAUAGGAAGUUUUGGGCAAAUAUUACCUCAAUUUAACAACUCAAGAUUCAAUGCCAGAAAAGUGGGUAAUGUGCUUUCUCUUUCCAUAAGAAAUGUAAACAAAGAAGAUGAAGCAACAUACUUCUGUCAAGCAGGAUCAUCACAAAGUAUUAGCUUUAUUAAUGGCACUAUUGUGGCAGUGAAUGAUCCUAAAACCCAGCAGAAAUCUGUCACCGUGAAACAAACUCGAGAUGUGGAGUCAGUCCGUCUGAGUGAGCCAAAGACUCUACAAUGUUCGCUCCUGUCUAAGGACAAAAAUGGCAAAUAUCAGUCCCCAAAUGAAGACAAAGUGCACUGGUUUAAAGGUGUAUCCGAAUCCCAUUCAGGUAUAAUUUACUAUGGCAGUAUAAGAAGUAAAGAGGAAGGGAGAUGUGACUACAGUCUGUCAAAAACGAUAACACAUUCUUCUGACGCUGGGACGUACUACUGUGCGACGGUCACAUGUAGAGAGAUCCUGUUUGGUGAAGGAAGAAAAAUGGACAUAAUCUUUGUCAGGUUGUCUGCUAGUCCACGUCAUGUCUCCAGGGGUCCGUUCUUCGUACCUCGCUUACUACAUCCAAGAUCAAAUGACACAUCCAAGAUCAAAUCAUCGCGCUAA